AGCAGGGCACCGCGCGGACGGACAGCUCCGCGGACCCAUAGCGAGCCGCCCCGCAGCGCCGCCGGGCCGAGGAACAUGGCGAAGACUUACGACUACCUCUUCAAGCUGCUGCUGAUCGGCGACUCCGGCGUGGGCAAGACGUGCGCGCUCUUUCGCUUCAGCGAGGACGCCUUCAACACCACCUUCAUUUCCACCAUCGGGAUCGAUUUCAAAAUCAGGACGAUAGAGCUGGAUGGCAAGAAGAUUAAGCUGCAGAUAUGGGACACAGCUGGGCAAGAACGCUUUCGGACGAUCACGACGGCUUACUACAGAGGAGCCAUGGGCAUCAUGCUGGUGUACGACAUCACCAAUGAGAAGUCCUUUGAAAACAUUCGGAACUGGGUCAGAAACAUUGAAGAGCAUGCGUCCCCAGAUGUAGAGAAAAUGAUCCUUGGAAACAAGUGUGACAUGAACCACAAGCGACAAGUUUCCCGAGAGCAAGGAGAGAAGCUGGCCAGUAGCUUUGGGAUUAAGUUCAUGGAGACCAGUGCAAAGACAAACAUCAACAUAGAGGAUGCCUUUUUUACUCUUGCCAGAGACAUCAAAGCAAAAAUGGACAAGAAACUGGAAGGCAACAGCCCUCAAGGCAGCAACCAGGGGGUGAAGAUCACUCCAGACCUGCAGAAGAAAAGCAGCUUUUUCCGAUGUGCCCUUCUCUGAGGGGCACGGCCUUAACACGAGCCUCCGCUCAAGCUUCCUAGACAGUGCCUGCUUGCAAGGGGCUCCUCCUCUUUCUCUCUCCGGAUUUGAACUGUGAACUAAGGGAGUGGCUUCUUUUCACGAUUCAGACUUCUGUGCUGGAGAAGUGUGGUCUCUUCCCAUCGCUUCUGCCAGAUGGAAAACGUAUUGUCUAAUUGAUGGGUGGGGGUGAUCGGGAAGAAAAAUGUGGAUCAAGAAAUCAGAUACAGGAAAUUUUACUAAUGGGUUUCUGUCUCUCUCUGGGAUGUGUUUUCUUAACUGUAUCAAGCCUAGUAGCAAAUGUUAUGAUUAGAAUAACUCUAAAUGAUUUCCUGCUGAAUCCCCAAUCUACAAGUGGCAAGGGUUUGGGGCCUAAGACAUUUCUGUCAGGCUGAAUCACACAGCCAACUAAAAGCACUGAUUUUUUUCAUAGCUGAUAUCCCCUCCCCUGCCUUGCUGUGCGGGGCCGCGAAGCUCACUUCCCCAUUUUCAAGAAAAAGGCAUAUUCAUCUGCUCCUGAUGUGCUCUUGUAAUCCUUCUAAACACCCCUGUGGUAGAAGUUGCAGAAUGCCUUGAUAUAAAAAAAAUAAAUUAUUUUUUUAGAGAAAGCAAAGUAUGUUGGAAGCAUUACUUGAAGGUGUCGUGCCUGAUCUGAAUGAGAAGAGCAGCAGUGAGCGACUGGCUCUUCUCUUCUUCCACCUGCUUUCCAUGCCUACUUGUGUGGCCACAGCAGCCAUGCAGGAAAGUCACCUGGCAGGCCGGAUUCCUCCCCCCCCCCUUGACUGCUCAUCAUCUGCCUCGUCCAUUGCAGCCACCUUGCACUUCCAGGCUCAGACAUGGCCUCCUCCAUUGAAUUAGAUCCAUCUGAGAUCCCCAAGUUAAUGCAUAUUUACACCUGGCGAGAGAUCAUCCCAAUCCAGUACUUCACAGUCCUCUUUCGCUUGCAUUGAGGCUGCUCAUCUGUCCCUGCGUCUGGGACAGCCCAUACAUCUUGGAAGUGGUUUUCCACACCCAAGUCUGUUGCAAUAGCGCCACAAAAGGCCCUUGUGCAGAGCAGGAGGUGGUGCUUGACUCUAGUACUGGGAAUAGACCUGUGGAACAGUGUGUGCAUGACUCAACAUAGCCCUGUGCAAUCGUGUCAAGGUGCAAGGGGGUAGCACUUGGGAAUGAGCUUGCUGAAGCGUGUGCUUAUCCCCCAGUUACUGGAAUGGUUGUCCGUGCCCCUCUCCACCUUCUCCAAAUGAACAGCAUGUUUGAUGGCAAAAGGAGCGCAUUGAUCUCUACCAGUUCUGAAUCUGAAAUAAAGUUGCUUCAAUGGUCAAGCAGGAUCCGGCUUGGUUGGGUGGGAGAGAAUGCCUUGAGAAAUAGUCCAGGCUUCUUUAGGAGACCAGCUGAGAUGCAGGAAAAGGUGUGUCAGCUUCGGGGGGGAGCGCUCAAGAACAGCAUCAAGGAACCCCCAAAAAAUCGCUCUCUACAGAAGUUUCUGACGAAAAACCUACAGAAUAAAUAGGGUGGCUUUUUCUUACUUCUGUUGGUUAAAACGGCCCCUUUGGCCUGAUAAGGUGUUCUGGCUAAACUCUCUGGGUGGCAUUUAAUUGGCGCCCUGCUCAGAGUAGGCCCAGUGAAAUUAAUGGGCAUGACUAACUCCGGGCCAUUCAUUUCAGUGGGUCUACUUCAAGUAUGACUUAACGUUG